AUGAAGAGUGGUGAUAACAAAAAUCCUUCUGUAACAACCACAGAAAAGCUGCUUCAGGCAGAAGUUCCCCUUUCCACUGCCGACCCUGAGGCGGGCAAGCCUAUUCUUCAAGAAGCCAGUAACUAUUUCUUGGUUCUGAAUAACUUGAAGGUCCAAGAAGGUGGGCAAGCCCUACUGGAACAAAGGCAUAUGAAGGUGGAUGUGGAGUUGAAGGAUUUGGGUGUCCAUCAGUCUCAGAUACGAUUUAAAAUAAAGGAGAUGCCUAUUCAUGGGUUCCUUCGAUUAAAUGUUUCCCCCGAACAAGAAAUGGAGAAGGCUUUUACUCUGUUAGAUUUGGGGCAAGGAAAAGUUUGCAAGAAGGAAGUGCCAUUAUAUCUUCAAGGACAUGUUUCAUAUGUGUUUAACAUUGUUGUCAUUCCAGUAAAUGAUCCCCCAAAUCUUAAGCUCCCCAAAGGAAACUUGCUUCUCAUGUUUGAGAACUCUAAGAAACGACUGACUCCAAAUAUCAUACAUGUGUCAGACCCAGACACAGAUUCCUUGAGUCUUAGUUUCUCAGUUCUUGGCAACUUCAGUUCAGAUGCUGGGUUUUUAGAAAACACCAAUCAUCCUGGGAGAGCCAUUAAUGGUUUUACAUAUGGGGAUUUAAGAGAUGGCAACAUUUUGUAUGUGCACAGGGGCCAUCGGAACUCCCGGAUCCUUCUGAGAGCAAGUGAUGGAGAGCUGGUUAGCAAUACAGUGGUGUUACGGGUCAUGGCUGUUCCUUGGGACUUUGCAGUGGCCAACAGAACCGGUGUGGUCGUACGGCAGGGUGGCAUGGUUCUGAUUACACAGAGCAGCUUGCUGGUGGAUGUUAAUGGUGAAGGCCCUGAGGUGGACACCCGCUAUGCUAUCACUCAUCCACCUCGGUAUGGCCAGAUUCAGUGGCAGGGGUCAAGUGGCGAGUGGAAACAAACUAGUACCUUCUCUCAGCAUUCCGUUGAUUGGGGUCAGGUCCAGUACUGUAGUACAUUCAAAGAAUUGCAGGUAGAAAAUGUUACGGAUCACUUUAAAUUUAAAGUUAACAUAGAAGGAAAAAGCAGUGAAGAACUGAUGUUUCUGGUUAUGGUACAAUGGCUGAAGUUUACCCUUCUGAAAAAUGUUCCUCUUGAGAUCAGUAAAAUAAACAGGCAUGUAUUGAAUUCUGAUCAUUUGCAGGCUGUGACAGAGGGUGUGGAAGUAGCUGAGACGGAACUGCAUUUUAAGUUACUGACCCCACCUAAGAAAGGAAAAUUGCUACUUGGCACAAAAUUUCUAAAAACAAACUCAGUCUUCAGCCAACAAAACGUUACAGACUCUAAGAUAAGUUAUGAACCACAGGGGAGGCCCAGGGAAUAUUCACAAGACACUUUUAGGUUCUUGAUGGUUGCAGAGCACAUCGAAUCAAAAGAUUAUACAUUCAGAAUAAAUUUUAAAGCAGAUAAGAGGGGCAUUAUUGUAACGAACAGAGGAUUAUUUGUAAAAGAAGGAGAAGAGAAAUUAAUCACAAAAUUGGAAUUACUUGCUCAAACCUCAGACAAUCAGACUUUCCAGUAUAAAAUCACCAAGAGUCCGCAACAUGGGAAGCUGAAACUGACUCGAUCUUCAGAUUCUCUGGGAAGUCAUGACAGUAUCACCACGUUCACUGAUCAAGACAUCUUGGGUGAGUGGCUCAUGUAUGUGCACGAUGACUCUGAGACCCAGUGUGAUGAGUUCCUCCUCAUGGCCUCCACCGCAGGCCCAGGCCAAGAGGGAGUGGUCAGGGAUUUUGAUACAGAGCAUCUGUCUACGGAAAUUAAAGUCACCAUUUCUGUGGAGUUAAAGAACAAUGAGAAACCAGUGCAUGUGGUGGAUAAGGUCUUUCACGUCAUGCAGAACGGCCAGCGCUUGCUGACCCUAGCUAAUCUCUGUUACCAUGACCCCGAUGCAGAUUUUGAUGAUGGGCAGUUGCUCUGCACCCGGCGGGGCAUCCUGAAUGGGGACUUGGUGCAAGCCAGUGACCCGACUCAGAAACUCUACCAGUUCAGGCAAGAAGACCUGCGGGAAGGGCGUGUGCUCUUCAGGCAUCAGGGUGCAGACUCGGCCCGCUUUGUGCUGUUUGUGACAGACAGUGUCCACUACACAUCGUCCCUCCUCGAGGUCAGUGUGUCAGAUCCCUAUGUCCGCAUAGCCAACAACACAGGACUGCUGGUACAGAGAGGAAAGGACAGCAGCCUCACAACAACCAACCUCAGUGUCACCACAAACCAAGAUGUCAGAACAGACCACGAGAUCAAAUUCCACAUCCUGCGGCCCGCAAAGCAUGGCAGAGUGCUGGUCAACAGCUCAGGGCCCGGCUCAUUUUCCCUGCAUGACUUGAAGCAAGGACGUGUGAGUUAUAGACAUGACGGCAGUGGCAGCUUCGAUGUGUUCAACCUGACAGUGAAAGUUAAAGAUACAUAUUUAGAAGUGGGCGUAUAUGUGCAAGUGGACUCGGAAAGCCACCAACAUCACACCCAAAUUCUGCACAGCAAGACCCUUGUGGUUGAAGAAGGAAAACCAGUAAAACUGAGUAGAGGAAGGCUCCAGGCUGGGCAUGAAGAUGAUAUUCCUUCAGAGGCAAUGUUCAUUGUUAGAACUCCACCAAUGCAUGGAUACCUCCGAAGAUCUUUACCAGAGGAGGGCAGCUUGGGUACAGAUGAAAAGUCACCUUUGAUUUUUACACAACAGGACAUUGAUGAUGGUUAUAUCCAUUAUGUACAGACAACUCCUGACCAACAACAGGACCGUUUUUUACUGGAUGUGAUGAAUGGCUUCCAAGCUGUGAGUAGACUUGAAAUCUUGGUGGAUAUUGUCCCUAAGUGGAUUCCUCUGGAGGUACAAAAUUUCACAGUCCAGGAAGGUGGUUCCAAAGCACUUCCAGAAGACUACUUCAAAAUUCCAAGCAAACAUUUUGAGGGACUUGACUGUGAAUUUGUUCUACUCAAACCACCAAAACACGGUUAUGUUGAAAAUACUCAUUUUCCAAGAGUAAAGCUAAUGAAAUUCACCAGGAAACAGGUAGAAAAUGAAUUGAUUUCCUAUGUUCAUGAUGAUAGUGAGGAGCUUCUUGACAAUUUCACCAUCUUUGCAAAUAGCUCAGAGCUUGGAAAACAGAGUUUGCCUCAAACUCUUUUUGUGACUGUUGAAUCAGUAAAUGAUGAGGCUCCAGUAAUAACAGCCAAUAAGAUCCUCCAGGUUCCAUGAAGCCCCUUUCAGCUCGUGACCUGAGAGCUGCGACCAAUGACGUGGACAGUGCAGGAAACAGAACUAUGACCUUUACAGCUGUAAGUUCCCCUAGACUCGGGAGGUUGGUGCGAGUCAAUUCUGACAACAGCACAGAGGAUGUUUCCGUGUUUACGCAGCAUCUGGAGCUGUUGUCAAGGAAGGAGACAAAGUUCUCAUUGGCCAAUCUAAGUUGGAUGCUUCCACCUCUUGUUUAAAUUGCCCAAAU